AUGACCCCCGAGCUUAUGAAAUAUCUUCUUCAGGAGUUUGAGUUCGUGAAGAAAAUAUUCAUGCUAUUCUGUCUUCUUUUUGCAAUACCUAUUACAUUUAUUGUUGUUUUUUUCACGUGGACAACGAAUAAGACGCCAGCUUACUUUUCAAUUCCAUAUGGCCUAACCGUAACGACGUGCUGCUUUGCAAUGAUCAUUUUGAUGAGGAUUUCAAAUCAAUUGAAAAACAUGAUAUAUUAA